GGAGCACGUAAAUCGAAAGUCCUUUCUGACUCUACUCAUCGUGUCCGACGACAACGAAGACAUUUUUCGGCAGCUUUCAGUUCACCCUGUGCACGGUCUCACGGUCUUCAGAAUAUUGUGAGCCGGCCCUCCUUUUCGAACCACAAGAUGGCCGCCACAUCAACACCUCCGAAGCCGCGUCAGAUGAACGUCGUCGAGACUUUCUUCCUCGGAGGCCUAGCAGCAUGCAUAGCGGUCACCUUCUCCAACCCUGCGGAAGUCAUGAAGACUCGUAUGCAGUUGCAGGGCGAGUUGGUCAAGGGAGGCGGUAAGAAGGUGUAUCAGAAUGUGUUCGAUUGCUUCGGCAAGACCUGGAAGCAUGAGGGUAUCAAGGGUAUACAGAGAGGGCUUCCUCCAGCAUAUGCAUACCAGCUGCUUCUCAAUGGCUCACGGUUGGGAUUCUACGAGCCUUUCCGGCAGAACAUCAAUCGUGCUUUCGGUCUGUCUCCCAAGGACCAACUUCCUGUCACCUCUGUCAUCGCGGGAGCAGCAAGUGGUGCAGUCGGAGCGUCGCUGGGUAACCCUCUUUUCUUGAUCAAGGCCAGGAUGCAGGCCUAUUCGCCUGUACUACCAGUUGGUGCUCAGCAUUACUAUAAGCACUCCUGGGAUGCCCUUUCGACUAUCUACUCAAGAGAAGGUCUCCGAGGCAUGGUUCGAGGCAUUGACGCCGCCAUUCUACGGACAGCGAUGGGUUCCUCCGUUCAGCUUCCGACAUACAAUUGGACAAAGAACCAGCUGGUCUCAAGAGGCAUCUUACCUGCCAAUAGUGUCCUGACAUAUCUUGCUAGCAGCUCAGUGUCAGGAGUCUGUGUUCUUCUGAUGAUGCAACCUGCAGAUACCGCUUUGACCCGAGUAUACAAUCAACCUACUCAAAAGCUCCCGAAUGGUCGUAUCGUUGGUACACUAUAUAAAAGCCCCAUAGACUGUCUUUGGAAGACCUUCAAGACAGAGGGCCCUCUGGCGUGGUACAAGGGUUCUACUGCCCAUUUCUUGCGGAUAGCACCCCAUACGAUCAUCACUCUUACUGCGAACGAUAUCAUCCUUAAUCUUUACCGUAGACUUCGGCACGGGGAGGUUCAAUAAUAAGCUAAUCGAUCGCCCCUGGGCCAGACACGACUCAAGUAGCCCCAUCGAUCUUUGCAGCCCCCAUAGUACAACUGGCGCGCACUUUCCUUUAGUCUGAGCAUUGGUCUGACCUGAGCCAAAUCAAACCGUUGUCCAUCUGUGAUUCCGGGGGUUUCAGUCAUUUUGAGCGGAUAGGAUAUUAAUAUCCCGAGCCUCUUGUUCAUUACGAUGAGCGAGUCGACGCGUGCAGAAGGUGGCGAGUUGACUUCUGCAGACUUCCGCCCUCCCCCUCUCCCACCCGCCACACCCUUUUAUUCCCGAC